GCGUGGGCCGGGCUGCCGCUUCCUGCGCCCGCUCGCCUGGUCGCUGCGGGAGGGCCGGUCCGCUGUCCCGGCCGCGGAGGAGCUAUCGCGGCGACUCUGCCCGCCCGGCGCCCGCCCAGCUGCCGUCGCCAUGCCCAGCUCGGUGCUGUGGGCAGUGGAUCUCUUUGGGAGGGUGUACACACUCUCCACGGCCGGGCAGUACUGGGAGCUGUGCAGGGACACCCAGCUGGAGUUCAAGCGGGUCAGUGCAGCCAUGCACUGUUGCUGGGGCAUCGCCUGUGACAACCAGGUCUACGUGUACGUGUGCGCCAGUGACGUCCCCAUCCGCCGCCAAGAGGAGGCCUAUGAGAACCAGCGCUGGAACCCUGUGGGCGGCUUCUGUGAGAAGCUCCUGCCGAGUGACCGCUGGCCGUGGAGCGACGUGAGUGGGCUCCAGCACCGGCCGCUGGAUGGGGUGGCGCUGCCCUCGCCUCACUGGGAGUGGGAGUCCGACUGGUACGUGGAUGAGAACUUUGGAGGGGAGCCCACCGAGAAAGGGGGAUGGACAUAUGCCAUGGACUUCCCUGCCACCUACACAAGAGACAAGAAGUGGAAUUCUUGCGUGCGGCGGCGGAGGUGGAUCCGAUACAGGAGAUACAAGUCCCGGGACACCUGGGCCAAGAUCCCUUCCAAGGAUGACCCCAAAGAACUGCCUGACCCCUUCAACGACCUCUCUGUGGGGGGCUGGGAGAUCACAGAUGAGCCUGUGGGCCACCUGUCCUUGUGGGCUGUGUCUCUGCAGGGAAAGGUAUGGUACAGAGAGGAAGUCAGCCACCCCAACCCCGAAGGCUCAUCAUGGUCUCUCGUGGACACGCCGGGGGAGGCGGUCCAGAUCAGCUGUGGGCCCCACGACCUUCUGUGGGUCACGCUCUGGGAGGGGCAGGCGUUGGUCCGGGAAGGAAUCAAUAGGAAUAAUCCCAAAGGAAGUUCCUGGUCGGUAGUGGAGCCUCCCACGUCCGAAAACGGGAUCAUGCACGUCUCUGUCGGCGUGGGCGUGGUCUGGGCCAUCACCAAGGACCGGAAGGUGUGGUUCCGCAGAGGCGUCAACUCUCACAAUCCCUGUGGCACCAGCUGGAUUGAGAUGGUUGGAGAAAUGAUGAUGGUGAACGUGGGGCUAAACGACCAGGUCUGGGGCAUCGGCUGUGAGGACCGGGCUGUGUAUUUCCGUCAGGGCGUCACCCCCAGCGAGCUCAGUGGGAAGACAUGGAAGGCCAUUGUUGCCAGCCGAGAAUGUGACCGGUCGCACUCCGGGAGCUCCUCAAGCCUCCUCAGCGCUGGCUGCUUCUUUGGCGAUGAGGUGAGGGGCAGUGGCGAGUCCUGUGCCCCCAGCGACACAGAUGCUUCCUCGGAAGCUGAGAGACCAGGGCCUGACCAGCCUGUCGCUCCAGAGCCUCUGGACAGUCCCCGGAACCCCAAGAGCAGCUCAGCCUCAGGCCCAAGCCCCGGCAAGAUCCCAGAGCAUGCCACAGAGGGCGCCAACCCAGCCAAUCAGACCCUGGGGCCCGAGCCUCACCCCAUCCCGGCCUCCACCCCUGCCGAGCUGCCCUGGACCAACAUUGACCUGAAGGACCCCAGGAAGGCACCCAGCCACUCUUCUGCUGGCUUUCCUGAGACCACCGGCCUCUCCGAACUGGGCCUGCUCCCACUGGGCUUGGAGGAGCCCUACGGCGCCGACGACCACCCGCUCUGGGCCUGGGUGUCAGGAGGCGGCUGCACCGUGGAGGCCCACACUGUGCUCAAGUGGUUCACAGUCCAGUCGGGCCUGUCCCCCUCUGUGCAGACACUGUCCCUCUCCAUCACACCGGCCCAGACCGCUGCCUGGCGGAAGCAGAUAUUCCAACAGCUCACGGAAAGGACCAAGCGGGAGCUGGAGAACUUCCGACACUAUGAGCAAGCCGUGGAGCAGUCGGUGUGGGUGAAGACGGGGACCCUGCAGUGGUGGUGUGACUGGAAGCCCCACAAGUGGGUGGACGUCCGCGUGGCCCUGGAGCAGUUCACGGGGCACGACGGUGCUCGCGACAGCAUUCUGUUCAUCUACUACAUGGUCCACGAGGAGAAGAAGUACCUGCACAUAUUCCUCAACGAGGUGACAGCCCUGGUCCCCGUGCUCAACGAGACCAAGCACGCCUUCGCCCUGUACACCCCCGACAGGACCCGGCAGAGGUGGCCGGUGCGUCUGGCUGCCGCCACCGAGCAGGAUAUGAACGACUGGCUGGCCCUACUCAACCUGUCUUGCUGUGAGAGCCAGAGGGUCCACGGCCGCCCCUCCCCGCAGGCCAUUUGGUCCAUUACCUGCAAGGGGGACAUCUUCGUGAGCGAGCCCAGCCCGGACCUGGAGGCCCCUGAGCACCUGCUGCCCUGCGACCAGAUGUUCUGGCGGCAGGUGGGAGGCCACCUGCGGGUGGUGGAGGCCAGCGCACAGGGCGUGGUGUGGGGCAUCGGCUACGAUGGCACAGCCUGGGUGCACACGGGCGGCUACGGCGGAGGCCACGUCCAAGGCCUGGUCAGCAGCAGCAGUAACAUCUACCCCCAAUCGGACGUGAAGAGCGUCCACAUCUAUGAGAACCAGCGCUGGAACCCCGUCACGGGCUACACCAGCAGGGGUCUCCCCACUGACCGGUACAUGUGGAGUGACGCCACAGGCCUGCAGGAGUGCACCAAGGCCGGCACGAAGCCCCCAUCUCUGCAGUGGACCUGGGUUUCCGACUGGUCCGUGGACUUCAGCGUUCCUGGGGGCACUGACCAGGACGGGUGGCAGUACGCCAGUGACUUCCCUUCCUCAUAUCACGGGUACAAAACCAUGAGGGAUUUUGUCAGGAGAAGGUGCUGGGCCAGAAAAUGCAAGCUGGUGACCAGUGGGCCCUGGCUGGAGGUGGCCCCUAUUCCCCUCCGGGACGUGUCCAUCAUCCCCGAGAGCCCCGGCGCCAAUGGGAGUGGGCACAGCAUCGCACUGUGGGCCGCCAGUGACAGAGGGGAAGUGCUGUGCCGCCUGGGUGUGUCGGAGCUGAACCCCGCGGGCUCCUCCUGGCUGCAUGUUGGCACUGACCAGCCCUUCGCGUCAGUCUCCAUCGGGGGCUGCUACCAGGUGUGGGCUGUGGCAAGGGACGGCUCCGCCUUCUACCGGGGCUCUGUGUCCCCCUCCCAGCCAGCUGGUGAUUGCUGGUACCACAUCCCAUCUCCUCCCAAACAGAGGUUGAAGCAAGUGUCUGUGGGCCAGACAUCCGUGUACGCCAUGGACGAAAACGGGAACCUGUGGUACCGCCAGGGGGUCACGCCCAGCUACCCGCAGGGCUCCAGCUGGGAGCACGUAUCCAACAACGUGCUCCGUGUGUCUGUGGGGCCCCUGGACCAGGUCUGGGUCAUCGCCGACAAAGUCCAGGGGAGCCGCAGUCUGAGCAGGGGAACUGUGUGUCACCGAACAGGCGUGCAGCCGCUGGAACCCAAGGGGCAGGGCUGGGACUACGGCAUCGGGGGAGGCUGGGAUUACAUCUCCAUCCGGGCCAAUGCCACCAGAGCCCCCAGGAGCACGUCCCAGCAGGUGGCUGACGAGCAGGACCCCCCCAGCGGGCCCUUGCAGGUGGCCAGUGCCCCACAGGAGGCCAUGGGCCCUGUCUGCUGCUGAGGCCGCUUCCCUCACCUGGAAGCAGACUGGUGUCCAGUUUGAAGGAUCAGCGUUGGUCCGUGAGCCUUGCCCUGCAGUGAGCCACAUGGUGCUGACAUGUGGACCCUGAGAGUGGCUUGAGGGAACCUGGCCUGAGGUCACAGCCUCAGAGGCACCAGAAAUGUAAAGCCGUGUGGAUGUUCCCAGCACGUGUCCCGUCAAGUGAGGGGGGCUCGGCAUGUGGGGUGUGGGUCCUUCACCCGGCCUCUCCCUCCCACCCCCUUCCCCCUCUGCAUCCCACCUUUCCAGGAUGGGGACCUAGAGCCUGGAAAUUUGCAGGAACACUGGCCCGUGGGGAAGCAGAGCCCACAAAGGAGCCUCCUGAGGCCCGAGCGUCCCCAAACAGAAAAGUGGCCAUGGGGCUCAGGGCUGCCUUGCCCACGCUGGGAUCACACCUCAGAGCAGAAGACAAAUAAGGUCUAAUUCCAAAAGUGAAGAAAGGAGUUGGCAGGUUGGAAAUAAAUGCGAGGGGGGUGUUUUCUUCCCCAGGGGGGCAUGGGCCCCCCUGGGUGGACAGCAGGACCAAGGGGCCACCCUCAGCUGGGAGAUGCUGUGGGAGAGCGUGUCACCAUCACCGGUGUCAGCCAGUCCCCCCCAAUGUGGUUGUGGGAUGGGGGCUCCUUUUACUUCUGAUCAUGUUGCAGGGGGAGGGGGCCGAGGGGUGGAGCCUGCCCAGCCCUGCAGGUGGGAAGGCACCUCCAGCCAGGCUGUCCUUCCUGUCCCACAGCCUCUGGGCUGAUGCCCCAUCGGGUGAGUUUGCUUCCUACAAGCAUGGCCGGCAGGAGGGGUCAGUACCUCCUUUGGGGUUCUCUCCCUCGGGGCAUUGAGGGAGCCAGCAGUCUGCGUUUGCAGGUGGCAUAUGGGCUCAGGGCCCAGACGGACCCCGUGGGGAUGACGGUCUCUGUGUGUUUACAUUCCUUCAUCGGGGUAUCUCCGAAUGGGCAUUAUGGGUUUAAACAUUCUACAGCAGUGACCUGUCCUUUUGCUGUGACUCUCUGUCUGUAGCUGGUCUCACUGCCCUUUCUCCAGGGAGACCACGUCCCUUCACUGCUGAGCACCAGCUGUUUACCUGCUCAGCGUCACCGAACUCUCUCUAUUCCUCAGAUGCUUUAUUCAAUAGAAAAUUACUCCAGAGUGUAAAUGACUUGACUUUU